UCAAAAGUUUUCUUUACUCAUUUGUAACGCCAAUAAAAUUCUUGAUUUGUUUAUCUUUCUUGUUUCCAAUGGAGAAUUUGAAUGGUGAAUAUGAGAGGACUACAACUUUGCUGAUGCUACCAGAGGAUUGUACGGAUAAGAUCUUGGCCUUUAUAAGCCCUCUGGAUGUUUGCCACCUGUCCCUCGUCUCUAAAUCAGUUCAAUCCGUCGCUGAUUCUGAUUCCGUUUGGGAAAAAUUUCUGCCGUCUGAUUAUCAAUCAAUUAUUGACGUAUCACUGAAUCCCAAUGCCAAUUUUCCUUUAAAAAAGAAGGAUCUCUUUGUUUAUCUGUACCAUAAUGAUCACUUAAUUGAUGGAGGCCGCAAGAUUUUCUCACUGGAAAAAUGGACGGGAAAGAAAUGCUAUUUUUCAGGUGCAAGGGAUCUUAAUAUUACAUGGGGUGAUACACCAAAGUAUUGGAAAUGGACUUCACUCCAGAGUCCAGGUUUGCCAUUGUUUCAGCAGAUAUUUACUUUUGUGAAGUUGUUGUUAAUGUUUCGGGAGGUGGCUGAGCUCAUAAGUGUUUGGUGGCUUGAAAUUCGUGGCACAAUAAGAGCUGGUGUUCUGUCACCACAAACAUUCUACACAUCUUACCUUGUUUACAAGUUGGAAGAUGAAUAUGGGUUUCAUCAUAAACCCUCAGAGGUUUCAGUUGAAGUUUCUGGGGUUGAAUUCGACAAACGAUUUGUAUUUCUGAUGCCGGAGGGUAGGGCAGUUUAUAUUCCUCCGAUCUCUGUUGCAGAGGACGAGUCCGGGCAACCAGAUGAUGAUUAUGAGGAAUUAGUGUAUCCUCUGCCCUCUGGUGCAGAGGACGAGCCCGGGCAACCAGAUGAUUAUGCGGAGUCCGUGUAUACUCUUCCCUCUGAUGUAGAGGACGAUCCGGGGCUAGCGGAUGAUGAUUGUGAGGUGUCAGUUUAUAGUCCGUCUUCUGAUGCAGAGGAAGAGCCCGGGCAACCAGAUGAUGAUUAUGAGGAGUCAGUAUAUAUUCUGCCCUUUGAUGCAGAGGACGAGCCCAGGCGACCAGAUUAUGAUUGGUGGGGGCAGCGUUUCCCGGAGGUUGCUUUUAUUCAACGUCCCAAACUUAGAGACGAUGGCUGGUUUGAGGUAGAGUUGGGUGAGUUUUAUACUCAAAAUGAAGAUGAUUGCAUAGAGAUGAGUUUGAAAGAGGUGAAGGACUGUGUAUCUCAAAAGCAAGGCCUUAUUGUUGAAGGAAUUGAGAUAAGGCCUUCAAUUAUCACAUUUUUUUAGAAAAUAUUUUUGCCAUACAGCUACCAUGUAUUCCGAAUAGAACAUGUUUCUUUCUGGAGCACUCCUCUAUUUCAAAUAUGUUUUGGUGCUAUGGUGACUGUCUUUCUUGUUUAUAAACUCAUACUGGACCUUUUGUUUCAGAUUCAUGAUCAUAUAAGCUGGCAAAACUAGGCUUGCACUUUCCAUUUCAUAAACUGCCAAUUAUUAGUGGAAUGCUCAGUGAAUUAGAUGACAGGUUGGUUCUUUAGUUUGAAUAUUUGUAAGCAUAAGGUGCAGAAGACAUUAUUUUUCAAGAAUCAUCCUUGUUUUACUUUUAAGAA